CUUGGAGUUAGAUUGCGAAGCAACGACGACGAGGAGGAGGAGGAGUGAGAGGAAAAAGUUGAAAUUUUUUUGGUUUUUUGGUGAAGAUUGGGGGUGAAAGAUAACUUUUAAAUUGAUGCCAUUCCCUUCUAAUGGACAUGCAACAAUUUUUCGGAUCUGAAUUCACCGAUGCUGACAUUUCUUACAAUCAUUCAUCCGUGAUCACUCCAGCAUACUCUGAAUGGCCAGUGGAUUCAAUAAAAUUUAAUCUAGGAAUUUCACCAAACUCUCCUCUGUCUAGCCAGUUCGACUGUGAAACUUUGUCUGCAAGGAGCAAUAGCCAGGAACAGUACAGUCCUUCCUAUUACUCCGGCAAUUCAUUCAGGCAGGCUGAAAUUUCUUUCCAAGACGGUAUCCAGGGGCAUCAUAGUUCAGCCUACAUUUCCUCCGGCCAGAGCAUUCGACAUGCCCUUCAAGAACUAGAGACUGUCCUAAUGGCUCCUGAUUCUGAUGAGGCAACAACCAGCACCAACACUGAAUUGGAUGAAACAAAAAUAGCUCAAGUCCCAAAGUCCCGAUCGAGGACAUCUAGUCAAGUGUCAUGUGUUCAGGUCUCUAACCCUCAUCACCAAUAUCCUUUAACCAGAUAUCAGGGUAGUUAUGUAAACCGUCCAGAGAAGCGUCUAAAAGAGGUGGCAGACAUUCCGCUGAAUAACAUGAAGCAAUUGCUUGUAAAAUGUGCGGAGGCAUUAUCGGAAAACAAGAUUGAAGAUUUCGAAACACUUGUUGAGAAAGCCCGCGGUGUGGUUUCCAUUACCGGUGAACCUAUCCAGCGCCUUGGUGCUUAUAUUAUUGAAGGCCUAGUCGCCAGGCAUGAGUCUUCUGGCACUAAUAUCUACCAGGCCCUCAAGUGUCGUGCACCAGAGAGCAAGGAGCUGCUAUCCUACAUGCGGAUUCUGUAUGACAUCUGUCCCUACUUCAAGUUCGGCUACAUGGCAGCCAACGGUGCAAUUGCUGAAGCUCUGAGGAAUGAGAACCGCAUCCACAUCAUUGAUUUUCAAAUUGCUCAGGGGACUCAAUGGAUCACUUUGAUACAGGCAUUGGCGGCAAGACCAGGAGGGCCGCCUCAUGUGCGUAUCACUGGAAUAGAUGAUCCAGUGUCAGAAUAUGCCCGAGGAGAAAAUCUUCAACUUGUUGGAAAGAUGCUUUCUGAAAUGUCGAAGAAGUUCAAUAUACCACUUGAAUUCAAUGCAUUGAGUGUUUAUGGUCCAAAUGUUACUCGAGACAUGCUAGACAUCAGGCCCGACGAAGCACUUGCAGUGAACUUCACUCUUCAGCUUCAUCACACACCAGAUGAGAGUGUUGAUGUUAAUAAUCCUCGCGACGGUCUGCUUCGGAUGGUGAAAGGGCUAUCGCCAAAAGUGACCACCCUGGUUGAGCAUGAAUCCAACAGCAACACAACUCCAUUCUUGACAAGGUUCAUGGAGACACUGGAUUACUACUCAGCUAUGUUCGAGUCCAUUGAUGCCACACUGGCUCGAGACAGCAAGGAACGGAUCAGUGUCGAGCAGCACUGUCUGGCAAAGGACAUUGUAAACAUGAUCGCGUGCGAGGGGAAGGAAAGAGUAGAGAGGUAUGAACUACUGGGGAAAUGGAGGUCCAGGCUCACCAUGGCAGGGUUCAAACCAUAUCCUCUGAGCUCAUAUGUCAACUCUGUGAUAAGGACUCUUCUAGCUUGCUAUUCUGAUAAGUAUACAUUGGUUGAGAAGGAUGGAGCUAUGCUGCUGGGCUGGAAAAACAGGAGCUUGAUCUCAGCUUCUGCUUGGCACUAAUUAAUAAGAUAUGGAUACACAUAUAUAUAUAUAUAUAUAUAGAAUUAGAUACAGUUUGGUGCACCAUGUUAAUGCAUCUUCUUGUAUUUACUUUUUUAAAGCUUUACUUUGUUGUAAUUUGUUUUAGGCCGGGAUAUAUGUCUUUGAGUCCAAUAAAUCCCUUGAUAUUUUUAAUA